AGGAGGAGGCCGAGGCCGCUGAGGGAAGAUGGCGGCGGUGGAGCUGGAGUGGAUCCCGGAGACGCUGUACAACACGGCCAUCUCCGCCGUGGUGGACAACUACGCCCGCUCCCGCCGCGACAUCCGCUCCCUGCCGGAGAACAUCCAGUUCGAUGUCUACUACAGGCUUUAUCAACAAGGCCGUUUGUGUCAACUGGGCAGUGAAUUUUGUGAACUAGAAAUUUUUGCUAAGGUCUUGCGAGCAAUAGAUAAAAGGCAUCUUCUCCACCAUUGUUUUCAGGCAUUAAUGGAUCACGGAGUGAAAGUUGCCUCUGUUCUAGCUUAUUCAUUCAGUAGACGGUGCUCUUACAUAGCAGAAUCAGAUGCCACUGUUAAAGAAAAAGCUAUCCAGAUUGGCUUUGUUUUAGGAGGUUUCCUUUCCGAUGCAGGCUGGUACAGUGAUGCGGAAAAGGUCUUCUUGUCCUGCCUUCAGUUGUGUACGUUACAUGAUGAAAUGCUUCAUUGGUUUCGGGCCGUAGAGUGCUGCGUAAGGUUGCUACAUGUCCGAAAUGGAAACUGUAAAUAUCAUUUGGGUGAAGAAACAUUCAAGUUGGCUCAGUCUUAUAUGGACAAACUUGCAAAGCACGGUCAGCAGGCCAACAAAGCAGCGCUCUAUGGGGAACUGUGUGCAUUACUCUUUGCGAAAAGUCACUACGAUGAGGCGUACAAGUGGUGCAUAGAAGCCAUGAAGGAGAUCACAGUGGGCUUGCCAGUCAAAGUAGUAGUGGAUGUUUUAAGACAAGCUUCAAAGGCUUGUGUAGUGAAACGUGAGUUUAAGAAAGCGGAACAGCUAAUAAAACACGCCGUGUAUCUAGCAAGGGAGCAUUUUGGAGCCAAACACCCAAAAUAUUCUGACACCCUUCUAGAUUAUGGAUUUUAUUUACUCAAUGUAGAUAACAUCUGCCAGUCUGUUGCGAUUUAUCAGACAGCCCUUGAUAUUCGACAGUCAGUGUUUGGAGGCAAAAAUAUCCACGUAGCAACAGCUCAUGAAGACCUGGCUUAUUCUUCCUAUGUCCACCAGUAUAGCUCUGGAAAGUUUGACAAUGCACUAUUCCACGCAGAACGUGCUAUUGGUAUAAUCACUCAUAUUCUUCCGGAAGAUCACCUUCUGUUGGCCUCUUCUAAGAGGGUGAAAGCACUCAUCCUAGAGGAGAUUGCGAUUGACUGUCAUAAUAAGGAAACCGAGCAGAGGCUUCUUCAAGAAGCUCAUGAUUUGCACCUGUCUUCACUCCAGCUGGCGAAGAAAGCUUUUGGGGAAUUCAAUGUACAAACAGCAAAACACUAUGGCAACCUUGGAAGACUUUAUCAGUCAAUGAGAAAAUUUAAGGAGGCAGAAGAAAUGCACAUCAAGGCAAUUCAGAUUAAAGAGCAACUUCUUGGUCAAGAGGAUUAUGAAGUAGCCUUAUCAGUUGGACACCUAGCUUCUUUGUAUAACUACGACAUGAAUCAAUAUGAAAAUGCUGAGAAACUUUAUUUGAGAUCAAUAGCAAUUGGGAAGAAACUCUUCGGUGAAGGUUACAGUGGACUAGAAUACGAUUACAGAGGUCUCAUUAAACUGUACAACUCGGUUGGCAAUUACGAGAAAGUCUUUGAGUACCACAACAUCCUAGCCAACUGGAACCGGUUAAGGGAUCGGCAGUUUUCAGUGACCGAUGCCCUGGAAGACGUAAGCACCAGCCCGCAGUCCACCGAAGAAGUGGUGCAGUCUUUCCUGAUGUCCCAGAACGUCACCGGACACAGCUGCUGAGGGAGCGAGGGAGGACGGCAGUUCACCGAUAUACCUUUUCCCAGAUUUUAGGGGGAAAUUCAUACUGUGAAAUCAAAACCAUGGUUUUCCGGGGCUGGAGUUUGCAGCGAAACACUGGUCCAGUCGAUUGAAGACACUGUGUGGGUGUUCCCUGUCUCAUACAGUGCCCGUAGACAUAGGCAUGGAUGCAGUUCUUUUCCGCAUGUUUGGCAUGUGUAGUAGUCUGGCUCACAUUUUUGACCUAGUAGGAAAAAAAAAAAAAACCACCAGAAAACCCUAUGUUGUUCUUUUUUUCUUUUAACAAGUAAUUUGCAGAGAGCCUGCAAGGAAAAAAAAAAUAAAGCAGCUAACGAGUAUGAAAAGAGUUGUUUUCUAAUUUGAAAAAAUGAUCUCACCUACUGGUUUUUAACAAGAAGUAAUCCUUCCUUGUGGAGGUAUUCAGUCCUGUAUCGUCAAAGAAUUUGAUGAAAAAUUGGUGUUUAUAUGCAAUAUUUAGAAGUCAUGCUUAGGGAGAUGUUUUAAUUUAGGUUUGGCUGCCUUACUCAAGGGAUGUGAGGGAAAUCCACUCCAGAAAACUUGCUAAUUGUGAACCACACUAUAGUGACGGGGGAGAACUGUUCAGUCGUCUGAACUGGACCAGUGUUUAUUUGUAAGUAGCAGAUCAGCAGUUACGGCUUUAAUUUGGUACAGCAAUGCGAAAAGCUCCGAUAACUCUUCGUAACAGGACCAGGAAACUCGAACAGAGGACCAGCCUUUAGGGAAGGAGGUUAUUGGACCAGUGGCUUUAAACUUUAGUCGUUCGUUUUGUCCCCGCUUACGCUUUUACCAGAGGGAUGAUUUUGUUUAGGUGGGCGACCCGGUGACGGUGCAGAAAUCGUUUUCGCGUAAUGAGGUUCCAAACAAGGGGUGAAAGUCGGCCGUGGCAGUGACGACAUCUCUUUAAUUAGGAAGGGGCAGAUGUUGCCGUCGGCCAACAUGAGAUGCUUGAGUGUCGGCCUUGGCCACUUCCUGCCUCCACUUCCUUUUAAAAAGGCAUCACCCGUCAAUUGAGGGAGUUGCUCGUUCAUACUGGCAAAUAGUUUUGUAAAAACAAUCCAGUUCUAUCUCUGGGGACUUGACAUUACUGUACAGUAUGCAGGGGUCUGGGGAAAAAGUGCCCCAAAAGCACAAUAGAUCUUUAGUGAUGUAUUAUUUCUAGAGUAAGUAAACAGUACAAGCAGAAACUGAAAUCCUCAUUUUAGUUGCGAAAGUUUAGUCAGUCGUGAAGAUCCCUUAACUGUAUGCCUAUUUCACUUGCCUGUCUUAAUUUCUAUUUUUUUUGGAGCUUUUAAAAAUUAACAGCCCGGGUUAUUUAAUGUUGAGGUGAACUACAAAUGUCAUGUAGCAUACACAACUGAACAGGUCAUUUGUCUUUACCUCAGUUCUUAGCCUAAUGGCUCAAAAGGAACCUCUGUUAGGGUCAGGCUCGCUUUCUCUCCUUCAGCUAUUUACAGAGGUUUCCAAUUUGUUUCAAUUUUGCCCCCUUAGCUGAAGUGUGAGGUGCUAUGUAUGAAUGGGUGUGUUUUAUUUUUGCUUCCUUAACCUGGGGGUUGCGGGAAGCAGACGUCUGCUUAACUGUGCUUAGUACAGUGCUCUGCGCACCAUAAGUGCUCAGUAAAUGCCUUUGAUUGUCCUACCAUUGACGGUCACCAAGUUGAGUGAAGAAAUUAAAGAAAUUGGUGAUGUCAGACACUUCUUAGAGCUCCUCCUCGCUCAGCGUUUGUUUCCAACUCAUGCUCUCAGCGCUCCACAGUUCACGAUCGUACCAUCUGCCGGAGUUUUGGGGUCGGUGAUUUUAGCGGAAGGGAAAACCCACCAAACUUAACAUGCUGUUUCAUUGAGUUGACCCUUCAAGCUGAGAUUUCGAAAGCACCCCUGCAGACUAGCCAGUGGCCCUAGUCGUCAUUCUGUUUCUACGAACUCUUGAAAGCAGCUGCCAGUGAGGACCGAAAUUCUGCAGUACUCCUUCAAACCGUUUAGCUCCCAAGAUAAAUGAUAGGCUGUGUUUUCAAACGUCCCAAAUAUAUUUUUCAGGAUAGGCCACCAUCGAAUUUUCCCUAUGUCCUUUUGUGUGUUUACAAAUCUAGACUGUCUCUUUUUCAGAAAGGUGUUGGUGAUUCUUAGUUUUUUUAGGGAGUGCGUGUGUAUGCGUGUACUUAGAUAUCUGCGUGCACACACACGCACAGUCUCCUAUAAUAUUCCAGCCUGAUGUCCAAAAAUCAAAAGUUCAGUUUAGACGUUGACUCCCCGUGCCACGAUAUUAAAGCUCCGAAGUCUCCAAGGCCUGAGCUCCCAAGGGUGAUCAUCCCUGCUGGCAAGUCCGUAACCAAAGCAGGUCCAGAAGACUCCCUUUUCCAAGAAAGGAAACAGGGGCAAAGAAGAGAGAGAAUGACGUUUUCUUUUAGUAGAAAGGUCUGGUUGAAGUUCAAGAUGUGGGUUUUUCCUUCAGUAGGAGAAAGAAGGCCAGAUUUGAGGAAGGGUAGAAGGAUGGAUAAAAUUCUUGGCGUCACCCAAGUGUUUGGGAAAGCAUUUGAGGCCCAGAAUUUCUUGUUUUCAGGUUUUGCAGGUUCGGUCCAGGCUAAUCAUCGAAUGAAGGGACAACAGGGCUUCCCGCCUUUCUCUCGUUACCCUAAAGGUGCUGAAGUUGAGAGUCCAGCAAUGGACACUGACCAGCAGCAAACCCCACCCCAUCCUGCGGGAAAUUGGGGUGGUCAGUCGAGGGUACGGGGACGCCUGUAACUCACAAGCCUCUGUUCUGUAGACACACGCUCACCACUCUUCGUCGUGUAGAUACCAAUUGUUUGAACUCGUUUUUGCACACAAGGUUGCUUUUAGUUUGUGAAAAUGAAGAGGACUUCGAAGGGUUUUUUUGUUGUUGUACUUGUUGGAGUAUAACUUAUUAGGACAAGUAUUACAUUUAGUUCAGGCUGAUUUAAAGCAAGUGAAAAAUGCUGCAAUUUUUUUUUUUUUUAAUUGAUGAAGGUGCCAUUGCGCUACUCCUUAUGGUGGAAGCAAGUGUUUCUUACGCUUCCUUUUUAGUCCUACAUGCUGGCAGAGUACAGAACGGAAAACACAUCGUGCCGAAAGUAUGAUCGAAGCUGUAGGCAAAAACUUUACUUCAGUUGAACAUUCAACAGCGUUUUACUUGCCAGAGGAGCUAAAUGCCAGUUACCCGUAACCUUCCUCGAAUUCCCGUUCUUGGCGACCUGUGUAUCAUAACGGCCUUUUUACAGUUAGCUCUUUGUUUCUUGGUGACAAAUUUAUUGCUGGCGACGUGCUUAUUUAUAAAUCCGAAUAGUCUCUUAAUUUUGUUUUAAUUUGGGAUUUGGGGUUUUUGUCUGUCUCGCAAAGAUAGCCGCGCAGCUCUCUCCCUUGGCUUUGAGGACCCCCAUUUUUGCCGGGAAAAAAAGUCAUCCGAAAAUCCUGAAAUCUGGAUUAAAUUUCCACAUCAAACAGCACUAGUCAUGCUUUUGUCCCCAAAUCUCAGGAAUGUUUUAGGCAGUGACGCCCAUUUUCCCUGUUAAUGAUUUUGAAGGAGUAUGCUUUCAGAUCUCGUUUUAACAAUACUGUAUUUUCAUUGCAAUCCUAGGUAUCUAUAGCAUGAGUGGCCUUAGUGAGUUUGUUGAAGUGCACAUUUUUUUCAGAAGUAAAUUUUAAGAAAAAAAUAUAUACUAUAUAUAUAGAUCUAGAAAACUUGGUUUGUGGUGCACAAGUUAAGUAUUGGAUCACUAAACUAUUGCAGGUACCAUUUGUAUAGCAUUAUUCAUUUGUGUAUGUUCUUUUUAUGGGAAGCUCUGUUGCCAUGGUAACUAAAGCUAUAAUUUAGUUCUACUUUUAUGAUGUGAAUGAACGCUACAUUUUAAUAAAUAUUACCAUUUCAGUACUAUUUUUAUACUUCAUUGAGCUACAGGGGAGUGAAAUAAAAUGGGAUUCUAAAAAGAGCCAUUGCUUGAUCUAUUAAAAGCAAAUUACUGAAAACACCUUCUAUGUGAAUCCCCUCUAAUAGUGCCACAGGAAUUUAUAUAGACAUAUCUAGGUCUUUACUAAAUUUUGAAGACAGUUCUUUGUUGUGUCAAGACUAUUUCGCACAGACUUGUAGUGCCCAUCCUUAUUUGUAACCAUCCAACCAUACUGAGUAUGUUUGUAACCAGCAUUGUGAUAUCUGUAAUUGUAUUGCUAAAAAUUGAAUUAUUGACCUAAUAAAUAUAGUGUUCCUGCC